AUUCUGCAUUUUUAUUGCUUGUGUUGCCAUUAGCUCUGAGAAGCAUCAGCAAUGCCUACUUUCUCGAGUAAUUCGUUAACCGAACAAUUAAAAUGAGACCAGUGUAUAAAUACCGGGACACAGAGGCACAUUCAGUGAGCAGCUUUCCGACUGCGAAUUUAAAAUGGGAAAGAUUAUCUUUUACGAGGACAGGGACUUCCAGGGUCGGCACUAUGAGUGCAGCAGUGACUGUGCCGACCUGACCCCUUACAUCAGCCGCUGUAACUCCAUCCGUGUUGAGAGUGACUGGUGGGUGCUGUAUGAGAAUCCCAAUUACAUGGGACACCAGUAUGUUCUAACCAGGGGAGACUAUCCUGACUACCAGCGCUGGAUGGGAUUCAAUGACUGCGUCCGGUCAUGUCGCUCGUACCCUCAUUACCGAGGAGGCGCCUACAGAAUGAGGAUUUACGAGAGGCCUGACUUUGGAGGACAGAUGAUGGAAUUCACGGAUGACUGUCCAUCUGUCUACGAUCGUUUCCGUUACCGUGACAUCCACUCCUGCCACGUGAUGGACGGUUACUGGGUCUUCUACGAACAUCCCAGCUACAGAGGGCGGCAGUACUUCAUGAGACCCGGUGAAUACAGGAGAUACACUGACUGGGGAGGCUACAGCUCAGCUGUCGGAUCUUUCAGGCGCAUGAGGGACUUCUAAAUGGCAUUCAAAAUCUGGCUAUCUUGCUGGAAUACUUCUAAGUGUAACUGAAAUAUUUUGAAGUAUAAAUAAAUCGCCAAUCAUUCAGGCGAAUGAGAGAUUUCUUAGUUACAGUUGAAAAUAAUGUUGCUGUACUGACAUAUU